UGGGGCCAGGGAAGAAGGGUCCGGGACCAUGCGUCCGGGCCUCCCUUCGGUCGCCUUCUGCCGGGCGCUGGUGGCCGAGUUCCUGGCCACGGGCUUGUACGUGUUCUUCGGCGUGGGGUCGGCCCUGUCCUGGCCCUCGGCCCUGCCCUCCGUGCUGCAGGUGGCCAUCACCUUCAACCUGGCCACCGCCGUGGCCGUGCAGGUCACCUGGAAGAGCAGCGGGGCCCACGUCAACCCGGCCGUGACCCUGGCCUUCCUGGUGGGCGCCCACAUCUCGCUGCCCCGCGCCCUGGCCUACGUGGUGGCCCAGCUGGCCGGGGCCACGGCCGGAGCCGCCGUGCUCUACGGGGUCACCCCGGGGGACGUCCGCGACAGCCUCGGGGUCAACGCCGUCCGGAGCAGCGUGUCGCAGGGCCAGGCCGUGGCCGUGGAGCUGAUCCUGACCCUGCAGCUGGUGCUUUGCGUCCUGGCCUCCACCGACAGCCGCCAGGCCCCGGGCUCCCCCGCAGCCAUGAUUGGCAUCUCCGUAGCCCUGGGUCACCUCAUCGGGAUCUAUUUCACCGGCUGCUCCAUGAACCCCGCUCGCUCCUUCGGCCCGGCGGUCAUCGUGGGCAAAUUUGCCGUCCACUGGAUCUUCUGGGUAGGGCCUCUGACAGGGGCCAUCCUGGCCUCCCUCCUCUACAACUUCAUCCUAUUCCCGGACCAGAAGACCCUGGCUGAGCGUCUGGCCAUCUUCAAAGGCACGUGGGAGGCUGAGGGCCAUCCGGAGGCCCACCCGGAGGCGGAGGCAGGGCCCACAAGGAAGGAGAAUGGCGAUAGCGGCGGCGUGGAAAUCACCAAUCUGGGGCAGGUGGCCUGACCCUGUCCAUCCCAGGGUUGGGGGAAUGACAACAGGGGGAGGGUGACCGCUUCACAGAUCCAGUCCCCCACCGUCUCCGCCGGCGAGGGGAGGCACAGCCUGGCGGAGGGAGACGGGGUCCACUCGUCAAGCCCGAGCCAAGGUGGGAGGAGACCCCUGCCGCUUCUGAUCCCACGGGGACGCCCCCCUCCCAGGGUCUGCGUCCCGGAUCCGGGUCCCAGCCGCUCUGAGCUCAGGGAAAGGAGCAGAGGGAUUGGGGCCCAGAUUCGGGGGUAGGGAGCGGGGGGGGACUGAUCACAGCACCCCCCCUCCUCACCUCCCACCCCACAAAAGCGCAGCCUGAAACCAGGGCCCGGAGGGCUCCCGUAGGAAAUGACAACUGGAAAUGACACCAACCCUCUUAGAGACCCCAAUUGGGUUUUGGGGGUUCCCCCUAUUCCCACCUGGGAACGUCAAUCCCAGGCCUGGAGUAGUGGUUGGGCGGAGGGGGGGAAUCCUUUCUCUUUGUAGGGAUGUCAGUCUGCUUAAGUUCUGAAUACCAUUUUCCAUAAAAUACCAGUUUCCAUGCAGUACCAUUUUCUAGCUCAGAGAGAGCCUGGCACAGUGUCCCACACACAGCAGAUGCUCAAUAAAUACCAUGGAUUGAUUAAAUGAGUAUUAAAUGAACAAUACCUAUCCCUCUCUUCCACUGACUGUCAACCCCACCUUCCCUCAGGGAGGAUUUAACUCUCAUUUCUUCUUCUCCAUCUCCCUUCUGCAUCGCCCUCGCACCGGGAUUUAUUCACUCCUCC